AUGCCUGACAUCACAUCUUUGCCGAGCCAUCCACCGCAGGAUGCAGAGGCUAUACGUGAGGCCAUUCCCUCCCAUCCAUUAGGAGUGAAGCCCAGUGGAAAUGCCCUGCUGGCUACAUGGAGCCUACGGGAUGCCAUUGGCACAUUUCAACUUCUGCCGGACGAACUAAUCUUGUCUCUGUUGGAGACACUCGACGGAGCAAGUCUGUUGAGUAUCGGACGGACUUGCAAGGCUUUGUAUGCGUUUACCCGGGCAGAGGAACUGUGGAAGGCGUUGUUUGUUCGGGACCCCAAGGAUAAUUUCAUUUGGCGAGGAACAUGGCGGUCAACAUACUUGAACCUGCCACCCACGAAAGUGCCAAUGAUCGACUGCUCGCAGUUAUUCUCUGAUGCCCUUUACCGGCCCUUCAACUGUGCACACAUUUCAUUAGACCCGUAUGUGGCUAGGAUUCCAGCGCGCAACCAGAUUGCCCGCAUGGCAGAUCUGUCGCCAGAGGAGUUCCAUGCAAAAUGGACAGACCGACCCUUCAUCCUCACCGAGCCUGUCAAAGCUUGGCCAGCCUACAAGAACUGGACAGUAGGGUCUCUUCUCUCCCAACAUGGCCAGAAAAAGUUCCGCGCCGAAGCCGUGGACUGGGCUAUGCGUACCUACGGCGACUAUAUGGCAGAUAACGCUGAUGAGAGCCCGCUAUACCUUUUCGAUCGAUCAUUUGUUUCCAAGAUGGACCUUUCGGUUGGACAGCCAGAAACAACACCUGACGCAGCAUACUGGCCGCCAUCUUGUUUCGUUGAAGAUUUGUUCUGCGUGCUCGGUGAUGACCGUCCAGAUCACCAAUGGUUGAUUAUUGGACCCGAACGUUCCGGUAGCAAGUUCCACAAAGACCCAAAUGCCACGAGUGCUUGGAAUGCCGUACUACGUGGUCCCAAGUACUGGAUCAUGUUCCCCUCUGGUACAAAGGCCGCCCCACCCCCAGGUGUGUUUGUGUCGGAUGACCAGAGCGAGGUCACUUCUCCGUUGAGCAUUGCCGAGUGGCUGUUGGGUUUCCACGCCGAGGCACGCCGGACACCGGGGUGUGUAGAAGGCAUUUGUGGCGAAGGUGAGAUCUUGCACGUUCCAUCUGGGUGGUGGCAUCUAGUGGUGAACCUGGAGCCAUCAAUCGCUAUUACACAGAACUUUAUUCCUCGUGGUCAUCUCGAUGCUGCGUUGGAUUUCUUGUCGAACAAGCCUGAUCAGAUUUCUGGUUUCCGGAAGAAUGUGGCUAACCCGUACGAACGGUUUGUCGCUGGCAUGCGCGAGUCGUAUCCUGACUUACUGGAGCAGUCUUUGGAGGAGCUGCAGAAGAAGGCUGAUGGAAAGAAGCGUAAGUGGGAGGAUAUCGUUCAUGGAAAGACAGAGGAUACACCCAAUGGAGAUGACAGUGGGGGAGGCUUCAGCUUUGGGUUUGGAGAUGAUGGGAGUGAUGUCGAAGUGCCAUGA